AAACACUAAAGCCAAACAGGCCCUUAGUGUCUUCCCUUAACUAGGGUUUUAUCUGGAAGUAAUGGAAAGCAUCCGUAGUGCAGCAACUGCUCCGAUUGUCCGGCAUUUUCGAAGUUUUUCAAUGGGUGCUUCUGUGGGAAAUUUCAAUAUUGACGGUGAGGCUACUUUGCGAAGAACUCAAGUUCCUCAACAUUUGCCUAGCGAUUCAAUUGAUGGGAAUUUAGGAAUGGUGAAUUCACUGGCGCCACCAAAAGGAUGUUAGCUAAUCGUCAAUCAGUUCCAUGGUAUGAAGAGUGGAAGAUGCAAACUCUUCAAAUGGAAACCACCACAUUGGCAUUACAGCUAUCGCUCUUACAGGCACAACCGAAAGAUGGUGGCUAAUUUUCUACUUUGCUAUAUCCCUGCCUCCUUUGCUUCAAGUUUUUGAAUGUACUAAUUUCUGCUCGGGUAUCAUUGAUGGAUCGUUUUUCAGUAGUGUGAAGACGUUUUGCACAAAACAUAUGAAAUUAACCAUAUUAAGUCUACGCCUCAAAUGCAUUUAUCCAAGUAUAUCUCCUGUUAUUCCAUUAUCUUCACAACCUGCCAAAUAUGUCAGUUACUAGACCAAGGUAAAUUUGAACUUUCAAUAUUAUUAUUGAAGAAAAGACGAUAGAAGAUGAUUAGGAAUAUGCUGAAUGAAUUUAGAAAAUAGCUUUCUAUAUUUCUUCUAUGCCUUAAUUGUACAAGAGAUGGAUGUAUGUAUACGGGCAUGAAGACUGAUUCAAAAACACGAAGUAAAUAAUUAUAAUUGAUUUACAAAACAAAAUUUAUUUUAUCUAAAUCCAUCAAAUCUACAUAUUUCUCAACGUAUCUUAACAAUUAUUCUCUUUGCAUUGCCCGCGGGACGGGAGGGGGGGGGGGGUUAUACCCUCAAACAGCAUGGGUCAGAAAAGCUCAAUGAAUUGUCAAAUGUUUUUCUUACAAAAUUAGCAACAAAUUUGGAUCAGAUUGUCUCCGUUGGAGCAGCCACAUCUGUCUAUGUGCAAACCAACCAGUACUGUAAGGUUGUUGCAUCCCCUUUAAGUAAUAUGAGUUUGGAGAAUAGCUGGCUGGCCAAGUGAACAAUUAGCCAUUUGUUGAUCCGGUUUACAAAUGCUAGGGGGACAUUUCUAUGUAUUUCAUUCAUUCAAUUAAACAAUUGUUGAUUGUGUUGGCAAAUAACUAAUUUUAAUAAAGCUGAAGCUCUUCCAAGUUAUUCCCUGCUGCUAAAGUAUGUUGUUUUGUUUGUUCAUUUAAAUUGUAAUGUCAUGUGUUCAACUUUUAGGAGUAAUAUUUGUUGUUAAGUGUAACUCAUUUAAGAUUUUAUGUAGCCAAGUGAAACUUUAUUUUCCAAUUGAUAUUAGAUGUGGUGUGGAUAACAAAAUAAAAUUUUCAAUCAAUUUUAAAGACAAAAAGAACCCGUAAAUUUUUUUAAUAUUUGAAUUUAUGAAAUUUGGUUUACCAUUCAGACUUUGAGUUAGCUAACUUAUCUUGUGUGGAAAUAAUGGUUGUGUUUCCAUGUUGUACUUGUUGGUUUCACCAUGUCAACUAAGUUAUGGAACACAACUAUAUCAAUUAUCUUUAUUCGCCACCAUCACAUGAAAUUUCUCCAUAUGAAUAUGGUGUUGAAACUUCAUUUCAUCAUUACUCCGCCUGGGGAUGUUAUCCACUGCCGGUCCCAAACCCGGAUAAAAAGGAGAAGGGUUGCGUUAGGUAGCCGACAGCCAGCGUAAAACCUAGUCAGAUUUAUAUAAAUUCUAGACAAACUAUCUGUUGGGGCAUAACUCACAUAGAAGUCUAGAAUUCAUGUAGCUGAUCCCACAUAGUGGGAUAAAGGCUCGAUAUGUUGUUGUUGGAUAUGUUGUUUUACGCAAAAAAGAUAUUGGUGCUGUGAGCAUCUUUUUCAUAAAAUUUAUCUCAUAGAGCGGCCACCAUUGAGUUUUAGCCUAAUUACAGAUGAUACCUCUCACAUUUUGGAAAUUACAGUUACCUCUCCUUCAUUAAACUAACAUUAAGUGGCAAGUUGAAAUUUCUAUUUUCCCUUUUUAUUUAAAAAACAAAAAGGCAUGCAUUUAUAGAUACUUUUUGCUUCUAUCAAAUGUCAAAAUUGCCCCCGUCUUAUCAAAUAGUUAAGAUUGAAUCCCACCUCCCUCGUGAAUUAAUGCGUGACGAAAUAAAAGUUAGGACUGAAGCAGACCAUUCAGUGCCUUAGUCUUAAACUGCUGGAGUGAGAGAGCGGAGAGAGAGGAAGGAGGGAGAGAAGCAGAGCGUGAUUGUUACUGACAAGAAGACGAAAUGGGAAAUCGCCAGGGAGAACACAGUGGGGAAGAAAAAGUUACUCUGACUGUAAGCAGAUCCAAGGAGCAGAGAAUCGCUGAGUUGGAACAAAAGCUGAAAACCCUGGACACAAAAAUUGCCACACUGUCGUCAGAGUUGGCACUUAUAAAGGGAGAGAGUGCCGCCCUCUCAAGAAUUAAUAACGAGUUGGAAUCCCGGAUUGAAACCAUGAGACAGUUGAUAGAACUCAUAGAGAUGGAUUUUGUCACCCUCACAAGUCUGAACAACCAGAAAGAAACCCGCCUUGAAGCCGUGGAACAACAGGCGCAUCUCAAAGAUGGCAACUGAUUUCAGUAUCUUGAAUAUGUUUUUCCCAUAAUAUUUGAAAUGAACUGAAUUAAGUGUACUCUUCUUCAAGUGCUUUUGAAUUCUCUCGUCUUCCAAAUUUGCUUUAUUUCAAGGUCUGAUAGGCUGUGAGAUAUGACAUUUUGGCUUGUCAUGUUUAACCUGGUUGCAAGCAUCUAGCUUAUCCUAUUCUGUCCCAACUGUUUGAUUUCUA